CAGCACACUCCACGUCGCGCGACGGCGGCCACCAUGACGAUCCCGGCGCUGCUCCAGGGUCUGGCGCAAGAGGUGGACCCGUGGGCCCCGGGGUUCUGGCGCGACUUCGGCAUCGGCAUGCUCAAACCUCUCGCGGCGACCGCCGCCGUCGCCAUGGCCGUGGCGCUGAGCUCCACGCAGCGCCUCGGCAUCGAGGCCGAGAUGCUCUACGCCAUCGCGCGCUCCUUCCUGCAGCUCUCCGUCAUCGGCUUCGUGCUCCACUUCAUCUUCACCCAGAGCAGCCCGCUCUGGAUCCUCCUCGCCUACCUCUUCAUGGUCACCGUGGCCGGCUACACCGCGGGGCAGCGCGCCCGCCGCGUGCCGCGCGGCGGGUGCAUCGCCGGCGCGUCCAUCCUGGUCGGCACCGCCGUCACCAUGUUCCUGCUCGUCGUGCUCAGCGUCUUCGAGUUCACGCCCCGCUACAUCAUCCCCGUCGCCGGCAUGAUGGUCGGCAACGCCAUGACCGUCACCGGCGUCACCAUGAAGAAGCUCCACGAGGACGUCAAGUCCCAGAGGAACCUCGUUGAGACUGCGCUGGCGCUGGGCGCGACGCCGAGGCAGGCGACGGCGGGGCAGGUCAGGCGGUCGCUGGUGAUCGCGCUGUCGCCGGUGAUCGACAACGCCAAGACGGUGGGGCUCAUCGCGCUGCCGGGGGCCAUGACGGGGCUCAUCAUGGGGGGAGCGUCGCCGCUGGAAGCCAUCCAGCUGCAGAUCGUGGUGAUGAACAUGCUCAUGGGGGCCUCCACCGUCAGCAGCAUCCUCUCCACCUACCUCUGCUGGCCGGCAUUCUUCACCAACGCCUUCCAGCUCGAGGACUCUGUAUUUGCCGACUAGAAAAUGGAUGCACAGAAUUCUUCUUCCGGUUUUCGUGUGACGAGGAGCGAUAAUUCUCUGAAAUGUUAAUAAUGUGUCAGGGACGUUUGUUUGGGUUGAGAGGCCACAUGUUUUCAGGCUGUCAUCCAUAUAAGACUCAGCUGACCGAUUCACCAAGGCCUUCCAGCUAGAAGACUCUGCAUUCACCGACUAGAACAAACAUAAAAACUCUUGCAGUUUUCGGGUGAUAAUUGAGACAAGUAAUUCUCUUCAACUUUUAA